AUGCAGUGCUUCAAGUGCAAAAGGUCAAUAGCGACUACUGCUGCUGCAUGCGAGUGCAACAAAUUGUUUCACCCUGGUUGCAUCAAGAUCUUCGCUUUGACUAAAUACGCUGAUCACUGCUGUAAAGCUUUGGCAGCGCAACAAGACUUACCGACUACACCGCUAGCUGAUAAGUGUACACAAUCACUAAAUUUCGAAGAUAUGGCUACUCCCACGGAUAUGAAGUCACAGUCUACUGAUGCAUUGUUUUUGUCUAUAAUGUCAAAGAUUGAAGAAUCUGACAAAAAAAUGACUGCUCUUAUGGAGGAUCAGCGAUCAAAGACCGAAGAAUCAAACAACAAACUGACCGCUUUUAUAGAAGACCAGCGUGAAAUAAACAGAGAGAUCAACGACAAACUCAGCAAAUUAAAUUGUAUCGUUGAGACUGUUGCACAUAACUCUCAGCGUAUUACCAAGCUGGAACAAGCGAGUUCAACCCAGGCGCGUGACAUACAGGCGCUGAAAACAGCUCAGCCCAUUGCGCAUACUGAGGAAGAAAAUAAGCUCAUUAUUUCGGGACUGCCGGAGGCGUUGUCGAUUACACCAACAGAGCUCGUCAACAAUAUAUUUAGUGCACUGGAUAGUCGGAAUCUCUCCAGCCACGUGAUUGACGUCAGAUCCAUGAAACGCAGAUUGCAGUCUGGUGCAACUCCGAGCCGUUCCUCGAAUGCGGGCAGCCUGGGAUCGAUUGUAGUGACCCUGUCAUCAGGUGCUGUCCGCGAUGCCAUUAUCGCGAAGAAGCGUGCAAAGCGUGUGCUUAAGCAGCGUGAUGUAUGUGGCAAUGACUCGGAUCGCAAUUUAUACGUAAAUGAGAUGCUGCUUAAAGCCACGUACGACUUGUUGCAGCAUGCCAAGCGCGUCGCCAAGGAGAAAUCGUAUAAAUACGUCUGGAUAAAGCAGGGUCGCAUAUGUGUCAGAUCUUCGGAUAGCACUCCCAUCAUCUAUAUUGACUCUAUGGAGAACCUAACCGACUUGGUUUGA